UUGGUGGUUCACUAAACCAACUUUAUUGUCCGGUGUCCCUAUAAAUGCACAUUUCUCAUUCAAUUGUUUCAUUCACAAUUCAAGGUUUCAGCAGCUUUCAAACCCAUUUCUCUGAAUUCCACUGCAGCUUACAGAUUUUCAUCUCUUCAAGACUUCAAGCACUAGUAUACUAGUUUAAGUACAUAAUGAUGAACAAGAUUCCAGACAGUGUUAUCGAAAUUAAAUUAAGGCUAGGUGGUGGUGGAAUGCAAAAGAUCUUCAAACAAACAUUUAGAGUCGAAGAGGGCGAAAAAUUACUCAAGGCAUCAAGAUGUUAUUUAUCCACCACUGCUGGUCCAAUUGCUGGUCUACUCUUUGUGUCAACCCACAAAAUUGCAUUUUGCAGUGAAAAACCUCUAACCAUCUCUUCAAUGAACGGAGGAUUUAUUAGAACACCUUACAAGGUAGCGAUACCGGUAGAGAAGAUAAAAAGAGUUGAAGAAAGUCAGAAUGAUUACAUACCGAAACAAAAGUACAUAGAAAUUGUGACAGUUGAUCAUUUUGAUUUCUGGUUUAUGGGUUUUGUUAACUACGACAAAGCUUUCAAGACUCUUCAAAAAUCCAUUAACAUUUCUCAACAGCAAUCUCAAUGAGGAAUUUUCAUGUUCUUGUAUAUAUACAUAAUCAUGGGUUUAAAACUUUUAAGUAGUGAAACAUAUCUAGCAAUUCUUGUAUCAGUACAAAUAGUCGUUAUUGUACUUUUCAUCUGCAAUCGAAACAUAUAUUGUUAUGGAAAUUACAAUUUAUCUUUUCUUAA